AUUCAGUCAUCAGAAUUUUCUCCAUUCUAUCUCAAAAACAUGAUAGUCAUCGUCACUAUCCAUAAAUUAAAUACGUAUUAAACUUGAUGAUCAUGACCUUCCACUGUAAACACCCCGCUAAAAACACUUGUGAAUUCAUAUUGAUCUAUCAUCAAAUCAAAUCAAGAGAAAAUGUCAUACAAAACCCUUGAUCUUAUCACAAUUUCUGAUAUUGAAUUUCAUGGCAUACCCUCUAAAAUUGCUCAACAAAUUCACCAAAAACUCACUCAGAUUAUCUCUGAUUUUGGAGCUUCAACCCCACAAACAUGGCAGAAUAUCAGUAAUCAAAUCCUGAAUCCUCAACUUCCCUUUUCAUUUCAUCAGAUGUUGUAUUAUGGGUGCUACAAAAAUUACGGUUCUGACCCUCCUGCUUGGUUGCCCCAUUUGGAAAGUGUAAGGCUGACUAAUAUUGGCCAGCUUCUGGAAAGACGAGGAAAAGAAUUAUUAGGUUCGAAAUAUAAGGAUCCCAUGUCGAGCUUUUCUGAGCUCCAGGAAUUUUCUGUCUCUAACCCUGAGGUUUACUGGAAAUGUAUACUGGGAGAGAUGGAUAUAUCAUUUACCAAACCACCUCUCUGUAUUCUGAAUGAUAACUCAUCUUAUCCUGGUGGCCAAUGGCUUCCAGGAUGUUAUUUAAAUCCAGCAGAAAUUUGUUUGAGUUUAAAUGCUAAGAGGAAUUUAGAUAGCAUUGCUGUUUUGUGGCGUGAUGAAGGAGAGGACAAUAUGCCUGUAAAGAAAAUGACACUUCAGGAGCUGCGCAGAGAGGUGUGGUUGGUUGCACAUGCACUUGAUGCAUUGGGUCUUCCUAGAGGAUCAGCAAUAGCUAUAGAUAUGCCAAUGAAUGUUGAUUCUGUGAUUAUCUAUCUCGCCAUUGUUCUUACAGGCAAUAUUGUUGUCUCCAUUGCUGAUAGUUUUGCACCAAGUGAAAUAGCAACAAGGCUAAGAAUAACAAAAGCAAAAGCCAUAUUUACACAGGACAUCAUUGUCCGCGGUGGUAAAAGUAUACCCCUAUAUAGGAGAGUUAUUGAUGCUCAAUCACCGAUGGCAAUAGUUAUUCCUACAAGAGGAUCCCAUUUUAGCAUUAGCUUACGCAGUGGUGACAUGUCUUGGCAUGUCUUCCGAGAAGGUGUUAAGAAGGCUGAGGAGUAUAAAGCUGUAGAGCAACCUGUUGAAGCAUUCACAAACAUUCUUUUCUCAUCUGGAACGACAGGAGAACCAAAGGCUAUACCUUGGACCCAUGCAACUCCUCUCAAGGCAGCUGCAGACGCUUGGUGUCAUAUGGAUAUUUGUAAAGGUGAUGUCGUUGCUUGGCCUACUAAUCUUGGUUGGAUGAUGGGUCCUUGGCUAGUUUAUGCAUCUCUGCUAAAUAAUGCUUCCAUUGCUUUGUUCAAUGGAUCUCCUCUCAGUUCUGGAUUUUCAAAGUUUGUACAGGAUGCUAAUGUAACAAUGCUUGGAGUUGUUCCAAGUAUCGUCCGGGCUUGGAGAAGUACAAAUUGCACUGCUGGAUAUGAUUGGUCAGCCAUCCGCUGCUUUGGCUCUACUGGGGAGGCUUCAAGUGUAGAUGAAUAUUUGUGGCUUAUGGGAAGAGCAUGUUAUAAGCCUGUGAUCGAGUAUUGUGGUGGUACAGAGAUUGGGGGUGGGUUUAUAACUGGAUCGUUAUUGCAGCCUCAAGUAUUAGCUGCUUUUAGCACACCAGCUAUGGGCUGCAGCCUCUUUUUACUUGACAAAAAUGGAAUUCCAAUUCGACAAAACACACCAGGCUUUGGAGAAUUGACUCUUGGUCCUUUAAUGUUUGGAGCUUCACAUACACUCCUUAACGGCGACCAUUACAAAGUCUACUUCAAAGGAAUGCCAACAUGGAAAGGGAAGUUUUUGCGGAGACAUGGAGAUGUAUUUGAGCGUACUUCUACUGGGUAUUAUCGAGCUCAUGGCCGUGCUGAUGAUACUAUGAACCUAGGUGGUAUCAAGGUAAGUUCCAUUGAGAUCGAGCGUAUCUGCAAUGGGGUCGAUAGCAGCAUCCUUGAGACAGCUGCUGUCGGUGUCCCACCUUUGGAAGGAGGACCCGAGCAGCUGGUAAUUGCUGUUGUUUUCAAAGAUGCUAGUAAAUCCACACCCGACUUGAACCAGCUGAAGAUAUCUUUCAAUUCCACACUCCAGAAACAGCUGAAUCCUUUGUUUAGGGUCUCUCAAGUUGUUUCUCUACCCUCUCUUCCUAGGACAGCGACCAGCAAGGUAAUGAGAAGGGUACUACGGCAGCAAUUCACACAGCCUGCCACAGCUUCCAAGUUGUGAUUUGUGAAUUACAAUUUGGACAUUUAUAGUUCAUACAAAAACAUUAUAUGGAUUUGUACUGUAAAACACUACCGAUUAAAAAUAACUUGAGGUUUCCAUAUAAGGCUAUUGCUAGUGUAAAGAUUUAUUCGCCACUCAAUGCAGGAGUUAUCUGUUCACUUUUA